AUGAAGCUCUUCAAUUCAAGUGGAACAAACUCCUCCAAAGAAGCUGGAGUGAUGGAGACGAAGUAUGCAGAGAUAAGAGGACCGCAACCAUUUCCAAAACAAGCCCUCAUUGAUCCAGCCGCUCUACCAUGCGAAUUUGAUUAUCAGUGUCGCAUGGGUGAGAGUUGUUCGGGAACAAUAGCUCUGGUGGAUCGACAGGUCACCGUUUGCCAGUACGACGUGACCAAAACGGACCGUCAGUGCAUCUAUCAUGCCGACUGUCUUCAAGGCCAGCAGUGUCUCCGUAACGUAAGCGGUAUUUUUGUAUGUACGGCAUCAAUGGAAGCGGCAUUGGGCACGACACCGUGCACAUACGACUACGAGUGCUCGGGAGGGGAAAAGUGUGUGAACCUUGUGCAAGAAGGAGAGAAGGUUUUUCGCUGCCGCCCCUCGCAAGUGAAGGAUCCGCGUCGUGACCAACUUUGCCGAAGUAACGCAGAAGUGCCCUUAUCAGCAGGUAUGCAGACGAAUAGCUGCUGUGAGCUUAUGUGUUGA